AUGGCUCCACAACCUCGUCCCAUCACGUGCAUCAUCAUCGCCGCCAUCCUCCUCACCCUCCCCGCCGCGGUUGCCGCGCAGGCAGCAUGCUACUACCCCAACGGCACCGACCGCAAUGCCCAAGAAAGCUCGAAGCCCUACCGCCCAUGCACCGUCUCAUCCCCCUCCUCCUCGACCGGCGAAGAGACAGCAGCAUCCAUGUGCUGCCGCACGCGCGACUGGGACGACUGCCGCGCCGACGGUCUGUGCCAGGUGGGCAACAUCACCUGGCGUGAGUCGUGCACCGACCGCACGUGGAAGGCGAAGGAAUGUCUCCAACUGUGCGUCGUCGACGACUCUUUCGCGGCCGACGACGUGCGGGUCGUGCAGUGCGCCGACAAGAGCUGGUGCUGUGACUACGACGGCACUGGCAGGAACGCUGCCGAUUGCUGCAACCGCGGCCAAGGCAAGUGGAUCAAUGCUGAGCGCCAGGUGGUAACGACGAGGCCGACCAGUUUGGCGGCGGCGUCGACGGUGGUGGUGGCGGAGUCGAAGGGUCUUUGUCACUCUAUCAGCCUCGGCUUCUUCGAAUAG